AUUUGUCUAUGUAUAAAAAUAGGUUAUCAUUUCUUUCUUUUCCUUGUUGUUUCUCUUUUCUUUUCUUUUCUUUUUUUUUAUUGCUUUAAUCAUGUUGUUAUGUAAAACAUUAGCUGUUAGAAUACCACCUGUUACUCGUUUCUAUCAUUCUGUACCUUUUGAUCCAAAGCCUUUUCCUUUUUCAAGAUUUGAGCCUUGUUGUCCUUCUAACGAGGCAGCUGCCCCUAAUGGAUAUGUCCCCUGUCGAAAUCAUCCUAUACCAGAUGUUUUGGGUAAAAAGAUCGAUAUGUCUGAAGAUAUGACUCGACCCUCAUCUACUCUACGUCAUCUCGUCGCUUGCGUUGGUCCUGAUGCUCUCGAAUGGACAAGAUCUAAAGUAGAAGCUGUACCAGGUGGUAUUUUGCAUACUAUUCAAAAUACAGAAAAUCAGUGGUUAAGAGCACACACCCCAACCAAGCAAGAAAAAGAAGAAGGGCGGCUUGUGCUGACUACGGUAACAGAGAAGCCGUCCCAUUCACCUAAUCAGACAGACAUUUUAUUGUUUCCUGAAUUUAAAAUCAUUACUACUACUACCACGCAAAAAGAUACAUUAGAAUCUAAUUCAAAUUUAUAUCAAGUUUUGUCUUCCAUUUGGCAAAAUCCUCAUAAUCCUUUAUCUUCUGUGGAUUGGCAGGAUAUGGAAGCGGAUACAGUAGUUCUAGUUUGCACACAUGCUCGUCGGGAUUUAAGAUGUGGCAAGAUUGGUCCAUUAAUUAUUGAAGAAUUUAAUCGAGUUAUUAAAGAAAAAGGAUUACAAGGAAAAGUAGAAGUAUGGGGAACGAGCCAUUUCGGAGGUAUAACUAUGGAAUAUAUACAUGUAUACAUAUUUAUAUUUUAUUUACAUUUAUUCCCAUCUUCUGUAUAGGACAUAAAUGGGCAGGUAAUCUUAUUAUUCAUCAGCGUGGAUUAGGUGGACACCUUUAUGGAAACGUAAGACAAUGCCAUGUAGCUGAUAUUGUGGAUAGACAUAUUAUUUAUAGAAAAGUCAUUAAAGAAAUCUGGAGAGGACAAGUGACUCCACCUUCUUUAUAAAUUACAUAAAUAUGUAUACAUAUUAUUGUCAAAUACUGUGUUAAUUUAUUUAUUUAAUAAACUCGUGAUAUUACUUUAACCUUUAACCCAUUAAGAUAAAUCUCAUAAGCAUGGUAAUAAUUUUCAAACAGCUGAGGAU